AGGCAGUCCUCUGUUCAAGCAUGUCAACUAGGACUAAUGUCUGAAACAAAGAAUUUGCUACAUUUGUAGUGUUAACCAGGUCUGAUGGUGGAAGUGAAGUAUGUUCUAGGCAUCUUUGGUCAGAUAUUAUUCUACUACAUCUGUUCAAUAUCCAUUACAUUCUUCAAUAAAUGGAGCUUUUCCGGUUUUCACUUCCCCUUGGUGGUUUCCUUUUUUCACAUGACUCUGGUGUCCCAUGCGAUAUGGUGUUACAGAACAGUGACGAAAAGUACCUCUGGGAAAGAUGAAAUUACAUGGAGUUUAUUUUUCAAACGGGUCUGCCCCACUGCUGUCUCAGCAGCAGUGGAUAUAGGCUUAUCCAACUGGAGUUUUAUGUACAUAACAGUGUCAAUGUAUACAAUGUGUAAAUCUACAACUAUCAUAUUUAUUCUCAUCUGUGCUAUCAUAUUCAAACUCGAAAAAUUCAAAAUCUUAUCAGUGGUGGUAAUUGCUCUGAUAGCAUUUGGUCUGUUCUUAUUCACAUACAAAUCUACUUCCUUCAAUCUGUUUGGAUUCAUCUUGGUAAUGGCGGCGUCUGCAGUCGGAGGAUUGAGAUGGGUUCUUGCUCAGAUCUUGUUGCAACGUGACAGUUUAGGUCUAACAAGCACACUGGAGUUUGUUUACUACGUUGAACCCGUAAUGGCAGCUUCUAUAUUACCCUUAUCACUUGUAAUGGAGGGUUCAGACAUGGUUUUGUCCCCAGACUUUAUCCUAGCAGUCCAGCAAGAGUCACUCCACGUGCUCUUUGUUGUUGGUGUGGGAGCUACUCUAGCUCUGUUCCUCACAUUCUCGGAAUACCUCCUUCUCUCUAAUACAAGCUCCAUCACUGUCUCUAUAUGUGGCAUAAUGAAGGAGAUUUUGAUAUUAGGGCUAGCAUCAACAGUGGGCGGAGACCGACUGUCUCCUGUUAAUAUGAUUGGUCUAGUUGUCUGCCUAUCUGGCAUCUCCUUACACGUAUACUUGAAAUACAAAUCCAGCCGAUUUAAGGACCUCAAGUCCUCUAAGUCACACACCCACAACACCAAUAACCAUCCAGAAUCCUUUGAACUCAAUACUUAUACCGUGGUUGCUGAGGUUGAGAGACAGGGGCUACUGGAUAGUGACUCAUCCUCAAGCUAUACACAUGAGCCUGAUAUUGGUGGAAAAUGAGGAUCUCUAACUAAUAGACGUACUACGAUUCUACAUAAUGAAAUAUAUUUAAAGUGUAAAGAUAAUAUAUUAUUAUAUUGUCCUUGUCUAACAUUUUGAUGUUUAUUUAUUUGUUAGGGUUUGUUUUGUAAAUUCUGCAUUGCUAUUUGCCUGCUAAUUACUAAUCGAAUUACUUUGACACGUAACGUAUGUAUUUGAGAGCAAUGUUUUUUACACAAGGAAGCAAUUAAAGUUCUUUAAGUUACGCAUUUUGAUGUAAUUAAACGUAAAUGAUACUGCUAACCUUUAUCUGCCAAACUUUAGAUUGCUAGAUUGCUUGAUACGGUUACGACUUUGUAUUGACUGGUUUGAAAUUCUUAUAUUAGCCGGUAAUUUGUGUUUAUUCAGUUAACAGUUUAACAGUUCAGUUUCUGUAACAGUUUAAGAUAAAAUCAGCUCUUUUUAAUUAGAUGCAAUGUACAGUAUGGGAAAUAUCUCUUAGAUAAAUUAAUACUGCCUUGGGCUGUAGUUUAAUAGUUGAUAAAACUUAUUUUAAUUUAAAAUUAAAUUUUGAUUUUAACAGUUUCAGUGUACAAUUAACUGUUCAGAUCUCACUCAUUGUUAAAAAUUCAUUCUGGGAA